AUGCAAAAGAUGAGUCCCGUGGCAAAACAUAAAAGUUAUAAGGCAACUAACACUGGUAUUUUCACCGGGUUUAAGUGUGUCAACUGCAGUAAUGACAAAGCUGCUGUCGCACCAAAGUUUAAGAUAAACGUCCGUGUAAUUGAUUCCACUGGGUGUGCAACCUUCAUCUUAUGGGAUAAAGAUGUGAAAACCUUGAUUCAUAGAACUGCGCUGGAACUCCGGCAAAAACAGGCUGAUAACCUAUUGGAGAACCCGGAUGUGGAUGACAAAGGUGCUUACCCGGUGGAAAUUGAUGCAAUGCUGAACAAAAUGUGUUUGUUCAAACUUGAAAUAUCACCAAGCAACAACAACAAUUUUUCAUCUGGGAUAAAGGUUGCCAAGAUGACUGAUGAUCCAGAUAUUCUCAAUGAGUUUAUGAUGAUUCAUAAACAAGAAAUGCCGGAAGGGUCAUCUGCAUUGCUUGCUACUCCCAAGGGAAACACUGCUGCAAAAGGAGAAGAGCCUAAGAUCAUUGUAUCACAAUCUGGUGAUACCGAUACAAGUGAGGAGUUAGUUAGAAUGAAGAGUAGUUCAAUGGAUAAACAAAAGGGACAAGGAUGCAAUGACCCUCCACCAAGUGUUCAGUCCACAAAUAUCCGUAAACGGAAGAUAAUUCUCGAGGAUGAUGAUGAGUCAGAGGAGUGA